UUGAGCCCUAUCGUAGCCAAAAAUGCAUCGAGUUCACCAACUAAUGCACUUGCGUUCUACCCAAUGUACGUCAAAGUGAUGUCUAAAAUUCACUAAGCUGUCUUUGUUUGCACCAAAAAAGAAGCACGUCAAAGUGAUUCAUGAACACAAAAAGUGAGUGAGAAUUUAUAUUAUGUAAUGCUUUCCCUGUUAUUUGCAACGCACUCUUUUAUUUUCCAAACUGGCAUGUUGUUGUUGUUAAAGUAAUGUUCUCGUAACAACAAAAAGGGUUGUACUCCCAAUUUAGAAAAGUAAAUCAAGUCUUCAAGAGUCAAUGCUUGCUUUGACUUUGGUUAUUAGAAGUUUGAUAUUAAAAAUCUAUAAUAGUACUCCUGUCAAGUCGGAAAGCAGAGCAUGUGCUGUCUUUCUUUGAGGAGGUGGAAAUUGGAAUAGUAGUUUUAAAGACAAAAAGAAGAAGAAGAACAUUGAGCUGAACUUCCUCCAAAAAGAUGCACUCAACUGUUGUUCUGUUUAUCAUUCUAUGCUUUCUCCAUAUGCCCAUAUCCUUCUGUCAAGAUGCCGAGCGAUUCACUAAGUGUGGUGAGACAUUUAGCUGCGGUGGCAUCGACAUAUAUUACCCUUUCUGGGGAGAAGGCAGACCAAAUUACUGUGGUGGUCAUUCAAGUUUCCAGAUCAAAUGCGAAACUAACAUCCCCAAAAUUGAUUUUGAAUCAACAACAUAUAAAGUGAUAGAGAUCAACAAUCGUAGUAGAAUUCUGACCCUGGCUAGAGAUGAUUUACUGAGUAAUAUUUGUUUGAAUAAACCCAAGAACGACUCUUUUGAUUUAAAAACUUUCAGCUAUUUUUCGAGUGACCAGAAUAUUACUCUGUAUUUCGGCUGCACCCUCCGCCCUGGUUUGCAAAUACAACCUUCACCUCCAAAUAUGUUCGAUUGCAAUAGCAACAUAUAUGGUAUAUACACGCUGAUCGGCUUUCCCUUCGACCUUAAUCUGGUAACAUGCCAGGAAGAAAUAAUAGCUAGGGUCAAUCAAACGAACGCUGUGGCAUUAUCCAGUCCUACAGCUUCGGUGGAAGUUCUGAAAAGAGCCUUUGCUGGCGGUUUUUCAGUAAAUUGGAUGGCAAGUAUCGAUUCUGAGUGCACACAAUGCGACCGGUCAGGUGGAAGAUGUGGAUCCAAUCCAGAAUUUACAGCCUUUGCUUGCUACUGUGCAAAUGGUAUUCAUCCAACAGACUGCAACGACGGACAAAGCCAAGAUUCAGGAAAAAGGCUUAGCAUUUCGAAGAAAGUUGGAAUAGUUGGCUCAGUUGGUAUCGCAGGGAUGGUCCUAAUAUCAGUUACAAUGAUCUAUUGCCUCAGAAGUCGAGGGUCAUGCUGUAAGCCACUGAUUUGCUGGAAGAUCGAAUCACAAGAUUACAAAAUUGAAGAAUUUAUGAGAAACAACGGAUCUCAUGCUCCAAAGCUGUACAGCUAUUCGGAUCUAAAGAAAAUAACAAGCUUUUUCAGCCAUAAAAUAGGACAGGGAGGAUUUGGGCAGGUAUACAAAGGAAAACUACCUGAUGGUCGUGCAGUAGCUGUAAAGGUCCUGACGGAAACUAAUGGUGACGGAGAAGAAUAUAUAAACGAGGUAGCCAGUAUAAGUAGAACUUCCCAUGUUAACAUAGUAGGGCUUUUGGGAUUUUGUUACCAAAGGAAUAGGAGAGCCUUAAUCUAUGAAUAUGUGUCCAAUGGAUCACUGGACAAAUUUCUUAACAGUGGACCAUCUAGCACAAAUUGUUCUUUGGAAUGGACAACAUUGUACAGUAUCGCAGUUGGAACUGCUCGAGGUUUGGAAUAUUUGCACCGAGGUUGUAGCACAAGAAUAGUGCACUUUGACAUAAAACCUCACAACAUUCUCUUGGACCAGGAUUUCUGCCCCAAAAUAUCUGACUUUGGCCUCUCCAGAUUGUGCGAGAGAAAGGAGAGCAUUCUAUCAAUGUUGGGUGCCAGGGGAACUGCUGGAUACAUUGCUCCAGAAGUGUUCUCUAGAGCAUUUGGACACGUCUCUCACAAAUCAGAUGUCUACAGCUAUGGCAUGCUUGUUCUCGAGAUGGUUGGAGUGAGAAACAAUGUUGACAUGAGCCAAACUAGUGAAGUAUACUUUCCACAUUGGAUCUAUGAACAUCUCGAGCUGGGGAAGGACCUAAGUCUACAAGGUAUCAUGAACGAAGAAGAUGAAGAAAUAGCAAGGAAAAUGAUUUUAGUUGGCUUGUGGUGCAUUCAGACCAAGCCGUCAGAUAGACCAGCAAUUGAGAAAGCAGUUGAAAUGCUGGAGGGAAGCCUUCACUCCCUACAAGUUCCACCAAAACCUGUCUUGUUUUCUCCAACAAAAUCCAUCCCAGAGUCGUUUAAAUCAACAUCCACAACGACCUAGGAAAGGAGGUUCAUUUCUGGAGCCAAAUAUCGCUUCCGAGUAAAAAACAAUUGAUGCAAAUUUGUUAGUAUAUUUACUCUAAUUCAAAUGGAAGUGUUGAUAAAAUUAGUGGGAAUAUUAUCCCAAGUUUG